UGUUGUCAACAAACGAAAUCAUAUAAGGGAGUGUGGGGAUGCAAAUUUAAUUGAUAACGAAACGGAAUUGCUUUAACAAAUAUUAAACUAAAUAAUCAAAAACAUAGGAAAUUGUCUAAAAGCCGUAGAUUAUGAAUGAACUGAAAGCGCCGUCGUUACAGUCGCUCUUGGAGUCAGAUCGCGGAUCUAGUGAUAGUCUACUUGCGGAAUCGUUGCUUGAUGUGGAAGAUUUAGACGAUGUGGAAUAUUCAAUACCGCCAACAGGUACAUUGCCGUCGUUAGAGGCAGUAUUAAGCGAAUUUGAAGCUGAUUCUGACAUCGGUUCGGAAUUGGGGGUACCAGCACCGACUCCAACACCAACGCCCUCCAUUGCCGAAGAAGGUGGAAUUCGCAAUGGUGGCGCGGGCGGUGGAGGUUCAAUAAUGCGAUAUGCCAUAUUACAGGGCGUUUCGGCGCAAACAGCAUCUGCAGCGGAUCGAGUGAAUGCUGGACUUGCAACAGCGUGUGCUGUGUCGUCGUUGAUUGGCAUUGGCACUUCACAUGGCCACAUUCUUAAUUUUGAUAUUACACAAACGUUACGAUGGGCUUAUCAAGACAAACAUGGACAAGGAGCGGUGUCUGCGCUGGCUUACAAUCCGGAUUGCACACGUCUUCUAGCUGGCUUUGCUCGUGGACUAGUCAUUAUGAUUGAUACACAAUCCGGGGAUGUGUUGCGCAAUCUUUCUGAUGUAAUCACUCCAAACACGGGAGUUCUACAUUUAAAAUGGACUUCUAGGCCAGCCUUAGCUCUCUGCUCUGACUCUGGGGGCUCAGUGUGGUCUUUAAGCUUCACCCGUAAGUUGGGAAUUCGCGGUUGUUCAUCACGUUGUCUCUUCAGUGGCGCUCGUGGUGAGGUAUGCACUAUGGAGCCGUUACUGAUGGACAACUCUCACGAACUAGACCAAUAUUGCAUUAUUGCCCUAGCUACAUUAUCAAAAUAUUUCAUUGUUACUAUACGACCGCGACUGAAGGUUAUCAAGUAUCAUGCGCUGCAAGGACCAGCAAAUUCCUUACCACUACUCGCUUGGCAAAUGGUUUUGAUUCAAGCAGCAGAUACCACACGUUCUGUUGAUCCAGUUAUAGUGGUAGGCCGUGGCAAUCAACUAUUUUUUCAUCAACUCUUUAUGGCAAAUGGACGUAUAACGUUGCUGUACCUGCGCCAUGUGCAAAUUCAGACAAAUUUAUUAUCUGUACAUUGGCUAGGGCCGAAAUGCGUCGCCUGCAUGGAUGUCUCAGAAAUACUGCAUCUAAUAGAUGUACGUUCCAGCAAAGAGCUUGAAUGUAUCGAUAUGGCCAAUGCCGGACUAGUAUAUGGAUCAGCUCAGUUCAAAGGACUUGCCACUGGCGGAAAUGUCUCGCCUGCUUUGGCUUUGGCCGGAACGCAUGCGUGUUACAAUUCUUUAAUGUCGCGAGGUACCCAGUUAUAUGUUUUAGGCGCACGAUCUUUGCAUAUGAUUGCUGUGCGUACAUGGACUGAGCGUAUCAGCUAUUUGGUAAAAAAUCAAAGAUGGCAAGAAGCGUGUGAUCUUGCUUUAGACGGUUAUCGUGCUACUACUGAACGGCCAAAACGUAAGGCGCAAGCUAAAGAACGAAUUAUAAUGCUAUUUAAAGAAUAUUUAGCUGCUUCUGCUCGUGCACCUGAUUAUUGUCUGGGACCUAUAGUAAAGUGUCUCAUCGCAAUUGGAGAGCUAGAUCUGUUAUGGACACAACUGUGGGACCGGCUACAAAAUAAAAGCCUAUACCUAAAGCAUAUCACAGAGCACAUAGAAAAUGAUAAUAUACACCGUGUAAACCCAACGAUAUCUCAGGCGCUGGUUGAUCAUUGGCUGGAAAUAUCACCAUCAAAAUUAGAGGAAAUAAUACUUAAACUAGACUGGACUUGUCUUGACCUAAAUCAGGUGCUAAAAGCAGCAAAACGAUACAAGCUUUAUCGCGCACAAAUCUACCUCAAUGCACAUGCGCUUAAUGAUUACUCAAGUCCACUCACUGAGCUAAUACCCUUAGUAGUUCAGGAAUCCUCGGAUCUUGGCAACGCACUACUUGUGUACAUAUCUAGUUGCUUGGCGGGACGUGGUUACCCAAGCGGCGAAAUUCCGGCCGAUCUAGUUCAAAAUGUGAAACACGAAGUUCUUCGCUGCCUAACUUCACUACAUUCGAAUACUAGCGUGCCGAAAGAAUUGCCUUAUCCAUAUUUGCGUGCUCUACUCAAAUUCGAUACUCGAGAAACAUUAAAUGUAAUUUCCUUAGCUUUUCAAGAGAAAGAAUUUAGUGGAGAACUUGGAUUUUCUCACCGCAAACGCAUCAUUAACAUACUACUGGAAAUAAUGACACCAGAAAACACAACUUGGGCUGAAAUUGGCUGCCUUUUGAAUUUUAUUGCCCAACAAAUAUCGCAACAAUGUCUAACACCCGAUACCCAGCUAUUGGAGAAAGUACUCAACCAUUUAUCGAAAGAAGAAAUAGCGAAUGAAACUGCGCGUCAACAUUCGGAGCGUGAGAGUGCAUGGCAUGAAUUGCUUGUUAACAAUUGUCUGAAAGAAGUGAGCAAUGAUAAGGAGCAGCUGCACCUAGCCAAACGCGCGCAUUGUUACUACGUAGAAGAAUACUUGCUGGAGAAGUUACAGCGCUAUGAUGGUAUUGUCGAAUGUUAUCUUAACAACAGCCUGCGUCACGAUAUCAUGUUUAGCUACAUGGAACGCCAUGUUCGCGAUCCUCAGCGUAAAAUUUACGAACAAAUUGAAAACAACUUACUGCGAAUGCUGGAGAUAAACGCCAAGGAAACAACGCGCAUCGUAGACUUCUAUUAUAGUGGACAAAUACAGAAAUUAGUGGAAGUUGCUGAGAAUGAUGCACACUCAUUAUUAACUUUUCUUGAGCAUUUACAUCGGAGACGAGUCGAUUUAACGGCAGAGCAGAGUGAGCAAUUAUUGGCACUUUUAUGUAAGCAUAAACCAAAAGAGGUUGAAGAUUUUGUACGGAACACUGAUGAAUACCGCGUGGAAGAGGCUCUAAAACUGGUGCUAGAUUGUAAACUCAGCAGAGCAGCUAUUUACCUGCAUGAAAAGCAAGGCAAUUACAAGGCUGCAUUCAUUUUAUCCAUGGAAGUACUAGCUACGAUGCACGGUGAAGAGGCAGCUGCUUUAGCACAAGAAAUUAGCAACUUGUGUGUGCGAGCCACUGAUGUUCUAACAAACGUGGAAUGUGAAAAAUUUUGGUUUAAGCUGUUGCAGCAAAUACUGCCGCGUGACGAUCUCAAAUCUAGUACGAAGUAUAUGUUGCACGUAGCGUCACAGCAUGUUGAUUUACCAAAACUUGUGCAACUUGUAAUGAACACCCAUAAUGUUUCGGGAAAUUUCGGUGAUAUUAAAGAUUUACUAAUGAGUAUGCUCUCGCAGUCUCGUUUAGAGACGGAUGCCAUGGAGAAAACUCUUAAAAACAAGGGCCAAGAUCUAGCUAGUACAUUUGCCCAUAAACGGCGUGAAGUUACUCGUGGUCUUUUGGUAUCAGUAAUGCGUUGUGUAAUGUGCCAACAGCGUUUGUACAACCAGAGUGAUAUACUUGUCCUAGGUGGUUGCGGUCAUGCUUUUCAUGACAAAUGUGCAGCGACGUAUAGUGAGACAUUGCAAGUGAAUCUCAAUGACAAGAGUUUACAAUCAACACACGCUGAAAACGAUGGAUGCAUGAUCAAUUAUUCAUGUCCGAAUUGUCUCUCGGCGAUAGAAAACAACUUCUACAGCAAUGCAAUUAAGCUAUCAGAACCUAGCCAUAAAGUAUAUGAACUCAGUAAAGGAGCUCAUAAUUUGCAUCAGCAACAAGAACAAAUACUUCAAAUGGGCAUUUUAAGAUUGAAAGCACCACCGCGAAAGUUUACAAGCAAUUAAUGCUUAAAAUUAAAUUUUGCGGUGACACGUCGGAGGUUGCCAAAAUCCAAUUACUAUUAUUUAUUAAUAAAUCUAUAUUGGUGAAUAAUUGCAUCAUGGGUGGUAACGUGUCAAUUGAAUGUCCCGCAUUACUUCUAGCUCUUGCUGCCCUCUAAUUCGUCUUACUGUCUGUUAUAGGCCUAUGAUAAGCCCGCCAGGAUGAAUCCGUUGUGGCACCGCAUUUAACUUUGGAUUUACACAAGGUAAUUGAAAAUACGAAUUAGCGCCGUUAGUGUCGUUUUUACAAAAUGCUUGCUCUGGCUUAGAUCCUUUGGAGAAUUACAACGUUAACAUUAACGUUAUCUGCUUCAUUUUUCUUUUGAUUGUUUAAAGAGCUGAUGUUACAGCGAAUUCGGAAAGCGCAAUGAUUCUUGCGUGCGAAAUGAGUGGACAUAC